CCCAGACAUUUUGUUAGCCGCUGUCCGAAGAAACUUCAGCAGCAGCCACCACAGCCUCUUCAGCAACAGCAGCAGCACUGUCAGCAGGCUCAGAGGCCGCCCCAACAGCAGCAGCAAAGGGGCAGACAGCAAGCCCGAGUCUAUGCAGUUGAUCAGGCUGAGGCCGAGCAGCAUCCAGGUACCAUGUCAGGGAUGCUCAUACUUAAUAAUGUUCCAAAAGCGGGUUGUACUUGGGAGAGGCUCAAGGAGCUAAUCCGCGAAAAGUAUUACCCCAUGUAUUACCGAGCAGAGAUGGAGCGUCAGUUCCUGUCGCUCAAGCAGGGUACUCGUUCAGUGGAUGAGUACGAGAGAGAGUUUACCAGACUUGCAGCUUUUGUUCCGGAUUUGGUGCGUACGGAGGCACAGAGGGCACAGCACUUCAUCGACGGGCUUUACCCAGCAGUCUGUCACAACAUUGUAGGUCACGGGACCCAGACCUAUGCUCGUGCUGUUUCAAUUGCUCAGGAGGUGGACGCCAGCAUCCGGAGGGAGGCAAACCGCGAUCGUUCUCAACCAUCCGCCCCCGCCCAGUCAUCCAUAGCUCCACCAGCUGGCCAACCGUCGAAGGAGAAGAAGAGGAAGGGAAAGGGCGCUCAGACCGACAUGAGGACCCGACAGAGACAGCAGCAGAUUCUACAGUGCCCCACUUGUGGACGACUUCAUCGCGGAGA